AUGUUCUGUGUUAUUAUAUUUUUUGUGAAUUAUCAAAUAGUGGAGAGUUGUAUACCAACGCAGAUUCUUGAAGGUUGGUUGAACAUUUUUUCACAAAUUAUUUAUUGUCUAUUUAGUCCCGAUAGAAUUUCCAACCACGACCACAAGUUCAACGACGUCAACAACCACAACCACCACUAGCACCACAACUCCUGAACCAAUUUAUACAUGUCCAACUGAUUGGACAAAAUUCGACAGAGGAACCUAUUAUUGGUGUAUGUACAUCUACAUCGGUCCAGUGCAAACAUCAAAUGGCCCAGCCAUAUGUCAAUCAUUGGAUUCAUCCGCAGUUCCAACAGGUUUUCAAAAUGCUAAUGAGAUGUCGGCGAUGGCAGCAGUUGUGGCAAGUCGAACCAGUGACUUCACAUUCAUGCUCCUGGGAGCGUCUAGAACUGCUGUAUGUGUUGGCCAAAUUUUGACCGCUACUUGUACCUAUAAAACAUCGUUCUAUUGGACAGAUCAACAUACAACGGGAACAGAUCAAUUCAUUUGGGAUCUAGGUAAUGGAAGUCCGGAAAAUACUGGGUUGAUUGAAAAUUGGGCUAUUUGGAAGCCGGUGUUUGGAAUGAUGGAUGAUCAGCCGGCUUAUACAUGGCAAAGUGGAGUUUUGUGUGGGGUGGAAGCGACUGUUAGUUAG